UUGCGCAGCAGGAGAGGAAGAAGUUAAGGCCGGUAGAGUACAUGUCCAAGAAGAUGCCCUCUCAAAAGCUGGCUAAGUCCACCUAUGAGAAGGAGCUCUACUCGAUCUACAAAGCGCUCACCCACUGGAGGCACUACCUCCUUGGUCACUUCUUCUAUGUCAGGACUCAUCAUCAGACCCUGAGAUGGAUGAAGAUUCAACCGGUACUCUCCGACGCUCUGAAGCAUUGGAUCGAAGCCAUUGAGCAGUAUGACUUCGAACCCCAGUACAUCAAGGGGGAGUACAAGAAAGUUGUUGAUGUGGUGUCGCGUAGACCAGACUUUCUCGAUGCGCUGGUCACCGAAUUUGGGCUUGCGGACAAUGUUACUCAGUCUUUGGUGGAUGUCUAUCGCGAGGACCUGUUUAUGGCCGAGAUCAUACACAGACACGAGGCGAAAGACAAAGAGACUUCUGCCGAGUUUGAGUUGGUCAACAGCCUGCUUUUCCUUGAGAAGACCGGGAAUAAGCGUCCGUGUGUUCCUAAUAGAGAGUCUUUGCGUAGUUUAUUUCUAGGUGAGUGUCAUGAUGCCACCGGACAUUUUGGUUUCAAGAGGACUGCAACUAAUCUGUUGCAGCGGUUUUGGUGGCCCACAAUGAUGAGAGAUGCCAAACUGUAUGUCGAGACUUGUCAAGUUUGUCAACGUGACAAGCCCCGGACACAGGCUCCUCUUGGGUUGCUCAAACCCCUUCCUAUUCCGGAAAGGCCUGGUGAAAGUCUGUCCAUGAACUUCAUGGAUACGCUAGUCACCAGCAAGAGUGGCAUGCGGUACAUCUACGUCAUUGUGGAUAGAUUUAGUAAGUACGCUAGGUUAGUGGCCAUGCCGGAAACAGCAAAGACCGAGUACGUUAUCAAGCUAUUUAAGGAAAACUGGGUUAGAGACUUUGCCCUGCGGAUGUCUAUAAUCAGCGACAUGGAUGUCCGAUUCACUAGUGAACUGUGGAAGGCCGCAAUUGCAGAACAAGGAACGCAGCUGCAGAUGACAUCUGGAAAUCAUCCGGAAGCAAAUGGACAGACAGAGCAGAUGAACCGCGAUGUUCAGCACUUGUUGAGGCAUUACAUUAAGCCCAAUCAAGUGGACUGGGAUGAUAAGCUUGCUCUCAUUGCCAGCCUGUAUAACAACGCAGUGCCACGAGAGUAAGUCCAAAUAGCCUACUUCUAACGUUCAAACCCAGACU